CCCCAGAUCGAGACCGGGCCUCACACGGAUGGCGGUUGCGAGGCACCAGGGUCGGCCCUGGGGCUGGUUCUUCGGGCUUCUCUGGAUGGUCUCAGCCGCCGCCGCCGCCUGGGACCUGGCUUCUCUGCGCUGCAACUUCGGCUCCUUCUGCGAAUGCGACUUCCGGCCUGACCUGCCAGGUCUGGAGUGUGACCUGGCUCAGCACCUGGCUGGCCCAUUUGGCCAGAGCUCUGAUAGUGAAGUUGUUGAAGGCGUUCGUCCAGGACCCGGCCCCCAGCAAGCCCUGGUCCUCUCCCUGCAUGGCUGGACGGGCACUGGCAAGUCCUAUGUCAGCUCGCUGCUGGCACACUACCUCUUCCAGGGCGGCCUUCGCAGCCGUCAUGUGCACCACUUUUCCCCCAUCAUCCACUUCCCACAUCCCAGCCACAUUGAGCGCUACAAGAAGGAUCUCAAGAGCUGGGUCCAGGGGAACCUCACUGCCUGCGGCCGUUCUCUCUUCCUCUUCGAUGAGAUGGACAAGAUGCCCCCUGGUCUGAUGGAGGUCCUGCGACCGUUCCUGGGCCCCUCCUGGGUGGUGUAUGGGACCAACUAUCGGAAAGCCAUCUUUAUCUUCAUCAGCAACACGGGUGGCGAGCAGAUCAACCAGGUGACCUUGGACGCGUGGCUCUUCCGCAGAGAACGUGAGGAGAUCAGCCUUCGCGAGCUGGAGCCGGCCAUCUCCCGUGCUGUGCUAGACAACCCACUCCAUGGCUUCUGGCACUCUGGCAUCAUGGAGGAGCACCUACUGGACGCCUUGGUCCCCUUCCUCCCGCUGCAGCGGCACCAUGUGAGGCACUGUGUGCUCAACGAGCUGGCCCAGUUGGGCCUGGAGCCCCAGGAGGAGGUGGUUGAGGCUGUGCUGGACAGCCUCACCUUCUUCCCUGAGAACAAGCAGCUCUUCUCCUCCAACGGCUGCAAGACCGUGGCCUCCCGAAUCACCUUCUUCCUCUGACCCCUCUGGGUGGCAUCCUUGCCUUCUCUACCCAGCCAUGCCACACAGGAAAGGCCUGGGGCUUCCCCCGGAAAAAGGACCCUUGUCCUGAGCGAGCUAGCAAGUGGAACCAAGAUACAAGUCAAGAAGAAGAGGGGUGUUGGCCCGGCCAAGGACAGAUAGCUUGGGAGGGCCCGGCCUCUCUACUGGGUAGAGGGCAUCUUCCCCAGGGAAGGCCCUGAGCACCCAGGGCAUCUCUGGGCCAUGACCUCCCCUGCAGCCUGAGCCUCCUCAAUGUGAAUCGCAACUCAGGGACUGAGGCUCAUGGCUGAUGGCUCGUGGGGCUAUCACCUGCGCCUCUAUUCCCUGGCUUCCUACUCGCACUUCAGCCCAUGGCCUGUGUCCCAGGGGCACAGGCCAGAAGAGGACCUCAAUAGUUUCCAUGAAGGGUGGGACUUGGGCUACCACUUCAGCCUGGAUUUCGAAGUUUUUAAUUUUGUAAAAGACGAGAAGAGAGAUAAUAAACGUAGCCGUGGGACCAAA